AUGAACAACGAAGCCCAAGUUCGCCGAUCGACCAAGUCAGUGGUCCUAGGGAAGGCGAAGGUGAUGAGCUAUGAGGACCUCAGCGAGGCACGAGUGAAGCGUGCUGCGAAAGAUAAAGCUAGCGAGGGCAAGGGAAAACGCGGUCAGCCAAAGACCAAAGUGGCGCGGAUGAGCGAAGUGCCAGAGCCAUGGAGGGCCCCGGUGGCGCGGACGGUCGUGGAAGAUUGGAUUGCCGCAUAA